CGUCUCUGUUAUCGCUGACAUUGUCGUGUCCUGCAAACGUUCCUGCCUGCCUGCCCCCUUCCUUCCCCCUCCACCUUGAUUCGCACAUCACCCCCCUCCCCCCUGAAAUGUCCAACCUGAUCCCACGCCCCUCUCGCACCGCCGCGUACGGCCUUAUCCCCAUCGCUCUCGCUCUGCUGGCAGUCGUUGCAACCGGUCCUUCUGGCAUUCUUCCUUUCACCAAAACCGCUACUACAGCAUCCAAAGGCAAAAUGUCUCUCUCCAACAAGCUCUCCAUCACCGACGUCGACCUCAAGGGCAAGCGCGUCCUCAUCCGUGUCGACUUCAACGUCCCCCAGGACAAGACGACCCUCGAGAUCACCAACCCUGCUCGCAUUGUUGCUGCUCUCCCCACGAUCCAGUACGCCAUUGACAAUGGCGCCAAGUCGGUCGUCCUCAUGUCGCACCUUGGCCGCCCCGACGGCCAGCCCAACCCCAAGUUCUCGCUCAAGCCUGUUGCUACCAAGCUUUCCGAGCUCUUGAAGCGUGACGUCAAGUUCCUCCCCGACUGCGUCGGCCCCGAGAUCACUGCCGCCGUCAACGAGGGCAAGGACGGCCAGGUCUUCCUUCUCGAGAACCUCCGCUUUCACGUCGAGGAGGAGGGCAAGGGCAAGAAGGGCGACGAGAAGAUCAAGGCCGACCCCGCCGCCGUCAAGAAGUUCCGUGAGGAGCUCACCUCGCUCGGCGACGUCUACAUCAACGACGCCUUCGGCACUGCCCACCGUGCCCACUCGUCGAUGGUCGGCAUUGACCUCCCCGUCCGUGCCGCCGGCUUCCUCAUGAAGAAGGAGCUCGAGUACUUUGCCAAGGUCCUCGAGCACCCCGACCGCCCAUUCCUUGCCAUCCUCGGUGGUGCCAAGGUCCAGGACAAGAUCCAGCUCAUCGACUCGAUGCUUGACCGUGUCAACAAGCUUAUUGUCUGCGGUGGCAUGGCCUUCACCUUCAAGAAGACCCUCGAUGGCGUCUCGAUCGGCAACUCGCUCUUCGACGAGGAGGGCUCCAAGGUCGUUGGCCGCCUCGUUGAGAAGGCCAAGGCCAAGAACGUCGAGCUCAUCCUCCCCGUCGACUACGUUACCGCCGACAAGUUCGCCCCCGACGCCAAGACCUCGAUUGUCACCGACGCCCAGGGCAUCCCCGACGGCCUUAUGGGCCUCGACGCCGGACCCGAGUCGCGCAAGCUCUUCGCCAAGGCCGUCUCUGAGUCCAAGACCAUCCUGUGGAACGGCCCUGCUGGUGUCUUCGAGUUCCCCGCCUUUGCUGGUGGCUCGAACGCCCUCCUUGACGCCACCAUUGACGCCGCCGCCAAGGGCGCCACCGUCAUUGUUGGUGGUGGUGACACCGCCACCCUCGUUGCCAACGCCGGCAAGGAGGACAAGCUCUCGCACGUUUCGACCGGCGGUGGUGCCUCGCUUGAGCUCCUCGAGGGCAAGGAGCUCCCCGGUGUUGCCGCGCUCUCGAACAAGCAGUAGAGGGCGAGGUACUAGGUUUUUAUCUAGUACACCCAAUCGUAUAACGUAGUAAAGGAAAAAAGUGUGCCUAUGCAUAUACAGAUAUGAGGA